AUGUCUGGCGACUUGACCUGGAGGCCGUUGCCUCAGGCCGCAUCGUCUGACAUACCGAUGCUUCUGGUGUCGGUUGAUAUUGGCACCGCCGCGUACACUGUCCGCAUCACUGACAUGGCCAACAUUUGGGUUGAAAGCCUGGAUCGAAAGGCCAUCUUUAUGAGGGGGUGGAGCGAGAACACAAGCAUAGACCCGAGUGACACACCCGAGAAUAUGGCCAAAUUCCUUGGUAGCCUGAGAUCGGCCCUAGAUCCCACGCAACCGGGCCAUGAGCAGACUUCCCUCACCCUGUCACCAGGCGCUUCCGCAGAGGCUGGAGAGAGCAGCCUGACCCUCCUGGUUACUUGCCCACUGCCAGGAUUCCAACCUCUCAAGUGGCCUAUCCAUCUGAAAAAGUCUCCGCCGUCGGCUAUUGCUACGGAUCUAGUCUUGCCUCUGCUCGAAGCUCAAUUCGCGAGAAAGCAAGAAGUGGAAUCGCUGGUGCAGGCAUUGAGUCAGAAAGAUGCAGUCAUCGCCAAGUUGGCUGAUAAAUUAGAGGCUACUGGGACCGGCCUCGAGCACGUCUUUACCUCUCUUUCCGGAAAGAAAAGGGUGUCGAGAGCUACCGCGGAAGACAAGGUAAAAGGGCUGGCGCCGUUUCGCCAAAACAGUUGGAGAUCAACCCUCAAAGACAUUGAUGAUUGCCCAACCAACGUUGGCGAUCUGGCACGAAACGUGUUCAAUGGGGAGGGACUGGACAGACGUUCCCUGAUACAAGUGGAUGCCUCACCAGCUCUGGAUAAGUGGUGGCAUGAUUUCAAGGGCACGUCACAGCUGGUGCACCGGAACAAACAACAAACAACCUCAUCUGCGACAAAAUCACAAUCACCAGCUGCCAAAUCUACAACUGCGGAUGAUGACGAUUUUCAAGUUCAGCCAACUCCUCCACAUCUUCAGUCUAGGAAUAAAAGCUCGCCCAUAGCCAUAAUGGACGAUGCAUCAACGGAGGACGAGGAGGAGCCACCAGUGGGGCCUCCUCCUCCAACAAUGCCGUCUGACACAAAUCCGCAACCCAACACAACAAAGCCUGCGUCACGUAUGGCGAACAUUGGUUCGGGUGAAUCGAAGCCUGAGAUUGCAUUACAGAAGGCCAAACCCACUGGAUCGCGGUCUACAAUGGCACCAAUCCCGAGAGAUGACGAUGAAACUGCGUCUGAAGCUAGUGAUGAUGAAAUGACUUCAAUACAUCCUACAACAUCCUCUAUACCAACGGCCAUACCUGCACCAGUUUCACCUAAGCCCAUCACAAAGGUAGGGGGGCUAGGCCGUAUCGGCGGCACUGCAAAGACACGAGCGGCAGAGACGGCAAAAGCUGUCGAGGUGAAGGAGAACACGGAGGCCCAGCCGACCGCAAAGCCGACCGCCCCGAAGAAGUUGGGAGUUAUUGGAAAGAAAGCUGAUACCGGAGGCUUAAUAGCGCCUACAGCGGAUAAUAGUUCCAAGCGCGGUCGCACGGCAGAGCGUGAAGAGCUUCAAGUUGAAGAUGGACCCAGAGAAACGUCCCAGGAGCGCGCUGAUCGAAGGCGAGAAGAGUUGAAGAAAGACCUCGAGAGAAAAGCAGCAGCGGGUCCGAUGAAGAAGAGGAGGCGGUUCUAA